AUGACAAAAGCCGCCAUGAAUCUUCCGCCACCGUUGUAUCUCUUCUUCUUCUUCUUCUCUCUCUUAAUUCAAUCAGUCUCCAGUGUCCAAACAUGCUACUGGCCCGACGGUACACCAGCAACUGAGGAUGUCCCCUGCUCCGACGACAAAUACGCUCCUUGCUGCCGCUCCGGGAAUCUCUGUCUCUCGAAUAACUUGUGUCUAAACGUCGCCAUUCAACCGUACGUCCUGUCCCGGGGCGCCUGUACAGAUCCGAACUGGAACUCGGAUAAUUGCCCGCAGUUUUGUACAAACGUCUCCCGCAGCUCAGGUUCCUCUCUCUUCCCAGUGGGCCUAAACAGUAACAAACUAGCCGAAUACUGCUGCAAUGACCCCGUGAGCAACGGCUCCGAGGUGACCUGUAGUUCUGAUUCGGGGAGUCCCUUCUUCGUGCCGGACGCUACCCUUGUUGCUGGGUAUGCGGUGCUGGCGAACGUGUCGUCGUUGAGUGCGUCGACGAGCGCGUCAAAUACUACGUCGUCGUCGUCGUCGUCGUCGAGCUCGAACUCGAGAGAUGUCGCUAUUGGGGCUGGUGUUGGUGUGCCCUUGGGUGUUAUUGCUCUGGGAGCGAUCGCUUGGGCACUCUGGGAGAGGAGAGCUAGGAUGAAAAGUCUUCCUGCUGCCGCUACUACUGCCGGCGGUGGUUGGGUUGGGGGGAAUGGGGCUGUCCCUUCGUCUGUGGCUGGGAGUAAUUCGAUGUAUGGGAUCCAACAGCAGGAGACGGAGCAGUGGAAGAAUCCUUCUCGUCCUGCGGAAUUGACCACGUCAGCUAGGACGCAUGAGUUGGCAUCCUGA